AUGACUCUUUGGGACUGUAUUGUAGUCGGAGGCGGCAUCGCCGGUUCCGUGGUAUCAAACAGGUUGCUUCAACAGGACCCAACCCUCAGAAUCCUGCUCGUUGAAGCUGGCACCAACACCCAUGCCGUCGAGAACAUCGAAUGGAUUGACAUGAACAAUGCCAUCGGUGGCGAAUACGACUGGGGGUUCUCCUCUGUUCCACAAACCCAUCUUGACAACCGGGAGAUUCUAUCGCCCGUCGCUGCCUGGGCCCGCGGUCACAAGGUUGACUAUGACAUCUGGGCCGAGAGAGUUGGCGACCAAAGAUGGAGUUACGAAGGUCAACUUCCGUACAUGAAGAAGACUGAGUCGCUUUUUGACAACUUCACCAACCCCCUUUCUCACGGGCACACUGGCCCUGUCAAGGUUCAGUCACCAGGAUCCACCGGUCGCGUUUUCCCUCUCCGCGAACCCCUACUCGAGUCCUGGAAAGUGCUUGGAAUCGAUGCACUCCCUCAGCUGGACAACAAUGCCGGAAACAACCUUGGUGUUGCAGACCUUCAGGAGAACAGGAACCAAGGAAAACGCCAACUUGCUUCGCUCGUUUACUCUCUCAAAGGUAUUACGGUUCUGACCGAUAGCUUGGUCACCAAAGUCCUGGUGGAGAAGCAUCCAAAGGAUGGUCAUCUCGUCGCUCGUGGAAUUAGGCUUGAGAACGGGACCGAUCUUUUGGGACGAGAGACCAUUCUGUCUGCUGGCGCGUACCGCACGCCGCAGAUCCUGAUGCUUUCAGGCAUCGGUCCCGCGGAUACCUUGGAGAAGUUUGGUAUCCCCGUCCUUCUGGAUCAACCAGCGAUUGGCCGGAACUUCCACGAUCACGUUCUGAUCCCUACGAUCUGGCAAUUGAAGAACGCAUCAGCAGGAUACGCCAAGGAGUCCGGCAAUCCCGUCUUCAACCAGUCUCAAUACGCACUAGGGGCUUUCAUCGAUUUCAUGACGGUCACUUCUCUCGAGAAAGAAGGUCUAGCUAUUGCCAUUGCCGAAGACGAGGGAUCGGUCCCUGAUCCCGCUAUACAUCCGUUGCUGAAGCAAGAUCGCGCUCAUUCAUCACACUUGCUUCAGUACUCGGGGGUUUCCGCGGAUGGUUCAGCCAUCUUGAUGAUUUCGGUUGUCUUUAUCAACUCUGCCCGAGGUUCUAUCACUAUCCAAUCCUCCGAUAUCAAGGAUGCACCACUCAUCGAUCCCAAUUUCUUGGGUACUAACGUCGACCGCUAUGCUGCUAGGGAGACCAUCAGACGCAACAUCAAGUUGCUGACUUCUGAUGAAACGAUUAUAGGAAGAGAGGUGGUGGCGGGCGAGCUGGCGGCAGAGCCAUUGACACUGAACUCCACAGACGAGCAGAUCGAUGCCCGGGUGCGCGAGAUGGCAGGGGGAUGCUACCAUCCUGCAGGCACAGCCUCCAUGGGUACUGUUGUGGAUACGGACUUGCGCGUGAUUGGGGUUUCGGGUCUUCGUGUUGUUGAUACUUCAGUGUUUCCUGUCUCCGUUUCGGCCAACCUACAAGUGGCUGUCUAUGCUCUAGCAGAGCAAGCUGCUGAGAUCAUUGGGUCAACAAAGAAGUGCUAA